AUGUUGAAAGGUAUUUGGAACGCGUUUAUUGCGUUGUUCAUGAUAGUGACUAUCGCUGCUGCUAACAUCAUUCCGGAGUCGAUAUUAGUGCUUUCUGAUGAAAAGUUGAAUAAUCUUGUCAAUGGAACUGAUCCUACUAACAAUGUGGGUCGUUUGAUAAGUCAAUUAACCUCUAAGGGAGAAGUUACUUUUAAACAAUACAGUGAUGAUAAUUUAGAGGUUUUUUUUGGGGGAGACAUCAAAUAUGAUCAUUUGGUACUUUUACCAUCAAGUAAAAAGACUGUAGGUGACAAAGCUCAUUUUACCGCACAAUCAUUAAAGGACUUUAUUAAUGGAGGGGGUAAUGUUUUAAUUGUCGGAGACUGUGAUGCACAACAGCCAGAACCAAUUAAAGCCUUAUUGAAUGAUAUUGGUAUAUAUCCAUCUCCAAAGGGUUACCAACUACUUGACCAUUUCAAUGUUGGUUCUGAAGGUUCUGGUAUCAAAUUGGAUAAUUCCAAUCUUAUUUCAAACCGUAUUGUGGACUCCUUACUGAUUGAUUCUUACAAAGGAGGUGCAGCCUUAAUUUCUGGUAACGAAUUGUUAUUCCCACUUGUUAAAGGUUCCAAGACUAGUUUUACUGCUGACUCCAAAAAAGCUGAUGUUCCAUUAACUCAAGAAUCUGCUUGGACUUUUGGUAACCAAGGUUUCGCAGCAGUUGCCUUCCAAGCUUUAAACAAUGCUCGUAUCUCUUGGGUUGGAUCUUCUCAACUUUUAAGUCCUCAAUUAGUACUGUGGACUUUGAAAGAUCGUGAUGUUCUCAAGUUACAAUUUGUUACCCACUCCAAGGAAUCUGCUCCAGAAAAAGUGGAUCCCAAAAUAUACCGUGUCACUGAACAAGUCUUGUACACUAUUGGUGUUUCGGAAUUGGUUGAUGGCAAAUGGGUUCCUUUUGAAGUAAAGAAUGAAGAAGACAAAUUACAGUUAAGUUUCAAGAUGUUAGAUCCUUAUCAAAGAAUCAAUAUGCAACCAUUGGGUCCAGUCAGCUCCAAUGAGAACGACUCAAGAUUGGAUACAUAUGCUUAUUUGGCCAAUUUUACUGUCCCUGAUCAUCAUGGUGUUUUCACUUUUGAAUUGGAUUACAAAAGACCAGGCUUGAGUUAUCUUAUGGACAACAGAUUAGUUACUGUUAGACAUUUGGCCAAUGAUGAAUUCAAACGUUCAUGGGAAAUCACCAAUGCUUGGUUGUAUGUUGCUUGUGCAGGUAUUGUUGUUGUAGCAUGGUGCCUUUUUGUUAUCAACUUCAUUUACAUUGGGAAGCCCAACACCUCUAAGAAACAUCAAUAA